ACUGAACUCCUUGAUCAGUUUAAUUUGACUAAAUGUAUAUAUUUAUUUCUUCAGAAAUAAACACUGUUGUUGGGGAUAGCUCACUCUGAAGUGGUUGCUAGGUAGAGAGUGGUUUAAUUUUAGAUUCCCAGCUGCACCUGCUCCUGUCACUUCAGAUUAAAUCAGAUUUGACAGCAGCAGUAUGACAUGCUCAUAUUGUAGUCAAAUUCUGAGUCAGUCUAAUGGAUGAUGAUGAUGAGUGUGAAACUCCCUCCGUUAAAGAACUGGAGAAGAUCCUGUUUGGAGGGAAGAGGAGCGGGAAUCAUGUGGAUGAAGUUUGGCCCAACCUUUUCCUGGGAGACAUGUCUGUGGCCAAUGAUCGCUUCAGUCUGUGGAAGCUGGGCAUCACUCACGUCCUGAACGCCGCUCAUGGGAAGAUGCACUGUCAGGGCAGUCACGAGUUCUACGGGUCAACGGUGGAGUAUUACGGAGUCCCUGCGGACGAUUCGCCAUCGUUCAACCUGUCGGUUUAUUUUCACCCCUGCGCUGAUUAUAUCAAAGAGGUUCUCAGUUCUCCAGGAGGACGGGUGUUGGUUCACUGUGCGGUGGGAGUGAGUCGCUCAGCGUCUCUGGUUCUGGCGUUUCUCAUGAUCCACCAGCGGCUUUCUCUUCUGGACGCCGUUAAAACGGUCAAACUGCACCGCUGGAUCUUCCCGAACCGCGGCUUCCUCAGACAGCUGCGGGCGCUGGACCUGACGCUCCGCCGUAUGAAGAGCACGACAUGAACAUUCCAACACGAGAGGGGAUCAUCACUCCUCAGCUCUCAGCUGUAGAAGGAAAAUGUAAUGAUUUACAGUGAUAUCCAGUUAUUUUGUUAUAAUUUAGAUGAUGGUACUUUUACUGUGAAUUGUUUUUUGUACUGUAAUUUAUUGUGAAAAACAACAAAAGGUUUCUAAAUGUGCCUAAUUUUUUUUUUAUUAUUUAACAGGCGUUAACCAAAAUCGUUAGAAGAUCAGAUUAUGUGGUCUCCUGUACUCAAUAAUAAAAUAAAACUAGAGUUUGAUGACAAACAGUGAUGUUGCAUUGAGAAAGCCAGGUCUGAACACUGAUUUUAACAUUGCUAGCAUAAUUUAAUGCUUUGCUAACAUGAUUAGCAUUUUUGCUAACAUGUUGCUAACAUGAUUUAACACAUUGCUAACAUUUUGUAACAUGUUGCUAGCAUGAUUAACAUGUUGCUAGCAU